ACCUACGCGCGCACACAAGCAAAAGGCGAAAUUUUUUUCGAGUGUUCGACAUUCAUAAUUUUUUGUGGUGGAGCUGCCUGCAAAAAAAAACGAGGAAUUAAGCGAAUAACUAACAAAAUUAAAGCGCCAGAUACGCAGAAAAAUCACCAAUUGCUUGGCGCCGCAUCGCUAUAACCCCGAAAGCGCUGUAUAAGAGGAAAACUCCUUGAGAUUACGCCCCCGCACACACACACACACUCUCCGCCCCGAAGAGGAAGCUUUGUUGCAAGAAAAAAGAAAGAGAAAAUGUCGAGUCUGCCACGUCGCAUUAUCAAGGAGACGCAGCGCCUAAUGCAGGAGCCUGUGCCCGGUAUCAAUGCCAUUCCGGAUGAGAAUAAUGCCCGUUACUUUCAUGUGAUUGUGACCGGACCAAAUGAUUCACCCUUCGAGGGUGGUGUCUUUAAAUUGGAAUUAUUCCUGCCGGAAGAUUAUCCAAUGUCGGCGCCAAAAGUACGUUUCAUCACGAAGAUCUAUCAUCCGAAUAUCGAUCGUUUGGGACGCAUUUGUCUCGAUGUCCUUAAGGACAAAUGGAGUCCUGCUUUGCAAAUUCGCACCAUAUUGCUAUCGAUUCAGGCCCUGCUCAGUGCACCCAAUCCCGAUGAUCCAUUGGCCAACGAUGUGGCCGAAUUGUGGAAGGUCAACGAAGCGGAGGCCAUACGCAAUGCCCGCGAAUGGACCCAGAAAUAUGCCGUCGAAGACUGAACACCCGAACUCCCACGAAUUGCAGCUGGAAAAUUGAUGGCGAAUCGGAUUUUCCAAAUUCAUGGGAUGGUCGGCGGCUGGGGAUUAAAUGCAUACUUUAAAAACAACCAGAAAAACCUAAGGCUUAAUACGAAAGAAAACAUAAACAUAAUGAUGAUCAUGAUGAUGAUGAUGAUGCUGAUGGUUAGAUGAGCGAGGAGGGAUUUAAAAACAAUAAUCAUUUAAUUUCUUUUUUUUUUUGCAAAA